UCUCGGCUCCCUGCCGGAGUACUCGUUGUGAUCUCUGAUUUUUCCGACAGAACUUGAAGGAAGCGCCUAUUGAGUUCAGGACCAGAAGAGGGAAGAAACAUGAAGAUUUCAGGAAGCAGGAACCCAGUUACUGAAGUUCUAGGAGCUUUGAUUUUGCUGUUUUACCUGUCCUCGGUCAGAGGUGAGUUCUGUCAGGUGAACUUCUGUCAGAACGGGGGCACCUGUGUGAUGGGUGUCGGAGAGGAGCCCUUCAUCUGUAUCUGUGCAGACGGCUUUGAUGGAGACACCUGUAACCUGACGGAGACAGGACCCUGCAGUCCGAACCCCUGCAGGAACGACGGGUCCUGUGAGGCGGUGGGUCCGACCCGACGAGGUGACGUCUUCAGUGAAUACGUCUGCAGGUGUCAGCCGGGGUUCGAGGGCGUUCACUGCCAGACCAAUGUGAAUGACUGUGCAAACAAGCCGUGUCAGAAUGGAGGAACGUGUCGAGAUCUGGAUGGAGAUUUCAGCUGCCUCUGCGCCUCGCCGUACGUUGGGAAGCAGUGCCAGCUCCGGUGUAUUUCUCUGCUGGGGAUGGAAGGAGGAGCCAUUGUGGAGUCCCAGAUCUCGGCCUCCUCCGUGCACUACGGGGUUCUGGGUCUUCAGCGCUGGGGCCCGGAGCUGGCCCGACUCAACAACCAGGGCAUCGUUAACGCCUGGACCUCCGCAUCUAAUGACAGGAACCCUUGGAUUGAGAUCAACAUGCAGCAGAAGAUGCGCCUGACGGGGAUCAUCACUCAGGGGGCCAGUCGGAUGGGGGCGGCUGAGUACAUCAAGGCCUUCAAGGUGGCGAGCAGCUUGGAUGGAACCAGUUACGUCACCUACAAAGGGGAUGGUCUGCGGAAGGAAAAGGUGUUUGUGGGGAACGUGGAUAACGACAGCACAAAGACCAACAUGUUUGACCCCCCUGUGGUGGCUCAGUUCCUCCGGAUCGUCCCGGUGGUGUGCCGCAGGGCGUGCACGUUGCGCAUGGAGCUGGUGGGCUGCGAGCUCAACGUUUCCUCGAACACAACAGGUUGUUCAGAACCUCUGGGCAUGAAGUCUCGGCUCAUCUCUGACGAGCAGCUCUCAGCCUCCAGCACCUUCCGGACCUGGGGCAUUGACACCUUUACCUGGCACCCUCAGUUCGCCCGGCUGGACAAGGCAGGGAAGACCAACGCCUGGUCCCCGGCCCAGAACAACCGGUCCGAGUGGAUCCAGGUUGAUUUAGGGAAGACCAAACGUCUCACGGGCAUCAUCACUCAGGGUGCGAAGGACUUCGGGGUGGUCCAGUUCGUGUCAGAGUUCAAAGUUGUGUUCAGCCAUGAUGGAACGGCGUGGAGCACAGUGAAGAACGAGGACGGCACCAAGGACAAGAUCUUCCAGGGAAACGUUGACAACAGCUCUCAUAAGAAGAACGUGUUCCAGCUUCCGUUCUACGCUCGCUACGUACGAGUCGUUCCCUGGGAAUGGCACGAGCGCAUCACUCUGCGCCUGGAGCUGCUGGGCUGCGACGACUGAGAAUGCCCUGAAGCUCCACCCACAUCCAGCCACUCCUCCUCAUCCAUCCAUUCUCCAUCCUCACUUUGUCAUUUGUGACUUUACAUUUGAUUUUUUCUAACUUUACAGUUUUUAAUCUCACACAGAGUUCUACAUUUACUUAUUUAUGUCAGCAUAACUGAAUUUUAAUCUGUGUAUUUUAGUUCAGACUCUAGUUGUUAAAGCCUGCAGGUGUUACAUCGUCACCCAGCAGACUCCUCUGUCAAACCCUGAGGACAAGUUUGUUUCUGUCCAGAAUAGAGUAAAAACCUGCAGAUGAAUUAAGACCUCGUCCAGCUUUGAAACACAUUUUUUUAUUCUUUUUAAAUGUAACUU